AGAUGCUACUGUGAUGCUGCACACUGUGUUGCAACUGGCUAUAUGUGCAAAUCUGAGCUGAGCGCCUGCUUCUCCAGACUGCUUGAUCCUCAGAAUACACAUUCCCCUCUUACUCAUGGCUGCUUGGACUCUAUCGCAAGCACAGCUGAUAUCUGCCAAGCCAAACAAGCACAAAACCACUCUGGCACCACCACCAUGUCCACAUUGGAAUGCUGUCAUGAAGAUAUGUGCAAUUACAGAGGACUACAUGAUGUUUUGUCUCCUUCCAGGGGCGAUAGUUCAGGUAGGGCAAGGAAGUGGGAGCAUCUUGGCUGACAGAUACUCAUCACCAAGGUGCAGGAAUUGACCUCUUCGAAAGAGUUAUGGUUCAGGGCAGCUGUAAUAGCUGUUCCUAUAGCUGGUGGGCUAAUCUUGGUGCUCCUUAUCAUGCUGGCCUUGCGGAUGCUCAGGAGUGAAAAUAAGAGACUGCAAGAUCAACGACAACAAAUGCUUUCUCGUUUGCACUAUAGUUUUCAUGGACAUCAUUCGAAAAAAGGGCAGGUGGCAAAAUUGGACUUGGAAUGCAUGGUGCCUGUGACUGGUCAUGAGAACUGUUGCAUGACCUGUGAGAAAAUGAGACAUUCAGACCUCAGCAAUGAUAAAAUUCUUUCACUAGUCCACUGGGGAAUGUACAGCGGACAUGGGAAGCUGGAAUUUGUAUGACCAAUUAUUUUUUAAUCUGAGCUAAACUUACUCUCUGAACUCUUGAAGGCCUUUGAGUUCUGCUGGACAGGAGCACUUUAUCUUAAAACAAAAACUCUCAUAAAUCAUCUUUGAGAAACAAAGGACCUCUGCAGACAGAAUCUUGGAUAUUUCUUCUGAAGGAUUCCAAAAGUUGUCUUAUUUGCACAGAGUAAAAUACACUCAAAUGUAUUGUUUGCUUUAAAGUUAUGAAAGCAGAAAAUAGAAGUUGUAAACACUGUCACCAGGGUUAUCUGAACUGUAGGGAGCUGAGAACUAAGUUGUUAUAAUAAACUGUAUGCAAGCUCCUAUGUUUCCUGACUUAUUGUAAAGAUUUUUUUUAAAUAUAUAUAUUUUGU